CAGGUCAGGCCUGCGCGCGCAAGAUCCGCGCAGGCGCUGGCUUGAAGGGGAAGCGGCGGUUGAGAAGGUAUUGCGUCCGAUUACGUGUGUGACAGGCUAUGAGCAGAUUAUGGACAAUAGAACUUUUAAUUAAUCUGUGACCAUCAUGGCUAAUGAAGGCUGUCCGAAGGCUGUUGAUAGUCCAUUUUCAUCAGAUAAACAUGCCCAACUCAUCUUGGCCCAGAUAAAUAAAAUGAGAAACGGACAGCAUUUUUGUGAUGUGCAGCUACAAGUUGGAAAGGAAACUUUUAAUGUUCAUCGAUUGGUCUUGGCUGCCAGUAGUCCAUACUUUACAGCUUUGUUUACUGGAGGAAUGAAAGAAUCCUCAAAAGAUGUUGUGCAGAUUCUAGGAAUUGAAGCUGGAGUCUUUCAGUUACUUCUAGAUUUCAUUUACACAGGUAUAGUGAAUAUAGGUGUGAAUAAUGUUCAGGAAUUGAUUGUUGCAGCAGACAUGCUACAGUUGACUGAAGUUGUUCAUCUUUGUUGUGAAUUUCUGAAAGGACAAAUUGACCCAUUGAACUGCAUUGGGAUUUUUCAAUUCUCUGAACAGAUUGCUUGCCAUGAUCUUUUGGAAUUCACAGAAAACUAUAUUCAUGUCCAUUUCUUGGAAGUUCAUAGUGGGGAAGAGUUCCUGGCACUCACAAAAGAUCAGCUGAUCAGAAUUUUAAGAAGUGAAGAGCUUAGCAUUGAGGAUGAAUACCAGGUCUUCUUAGCUGCAAUGCAGUGGAUUCUGAAAGAUCUGGGAAAGAGAAGAAAACAUGUGGUGGAAGUGCUUGAUCCAAUUCGAUUCCCUUUAUUACCUCCUCAGAGGCUUUUAAAGUAUAUAGAAGGAGUAUCUGAUUUUAAUCUUCGUGUUGCAUUGCAAACACUUUUGAAAGAGUACUGUGAAGUGUCCAAAUCUCCAAAAGAGAACAAAUUUUGUAGUUUUCUGCAGACAUCUAAAGUUCGACCUCGAAAGAAAGCAAGAAAGUACCUGUAUGCAGUAGGUGGGUAUACACGGUUGCAGGGGGGUCGCUGGAGUGAUAGCAGAGCCCUCAGCUGUGUAGAACGUUUUGAUACCUUUAGUCAGUAUUGGACCACUGUGUCUUCACUUCAUCAAGCUCGAUGUGGACUGGGAGUAGCAGUUCUGGGAGGGAUGGUCUAUGCUAUUGGAGGUGAAAAGGAUUCAAUGAUUUUUGACUGUACCGAAUGCUAUGAUCCAGUUACUAAGCAGUGGACAACUAUAGCUUCGAUGAAUCAUCCCCGUUGUGGCUUGGGAGUUUGUGUGUGUUAUGGAGCUAUCUAUGCUUUGGGUGGAUGGAUUGGAGCUGAGAUAGGAAACACAAUUGAACGAUUUGAUCCUGAUGAAAAUAAAUGGGAAAUAGUAGGUAACAUGGCUCUGUCACGCUACUACUUUGGGUGUUGUGAAAUGCAAGGUUUAAUAUAUGUAAUUGGGGGAAUCAGCAAUGAAGGAAUAGAACUUUGUUCUUUUGAAGUCUAUGAUCCACUUUCUAAGCGUUGGUCUCCGCUUCCUCCGAUGGGAACCAGAAGAGCAUAUCUUGGGGUAGCUGCACUCAAUGACUGCAUCUAUGCUAUUGGAGGCUGGAAUGAGACACAAGAUGCUCUUCAUACUGUAGAAAAAUAUUCCUUUGAAGAGGAAAAGUGGGUUGAAGUCGCCUCGAUGAAAGUGCCUCGAGCAGGCAUGUGUGUUGUGGCAAUCAAUAGUCUUCUGUAUGUUGCUGGAGGUCGAUCUGCCAGCCAUGAUUUCUUGGCCCCAGGGACUUUGGACUCAGUUGAAGUUUAUAACCCUCAUUCAGAUACAUGGACAGAAAUUGGUAAUAUGAUCACAAGUCGUUGUGAAGGAGGUGUUGCUGUAUUAUGAAAUACAAAGCAUUAAGAUCACAAAGAACAUUUUGUAAAUGUAAGAGCUGUCCUUUUGCAAAUCAAACAUAUAAUGUUUGGUAACAGGUCACUCUUGAUUCUAUUGAGCUUUCCAUGUAUUAGGUAGAUAAGUAACUAAAGAGUAAGUUUUUUAAAAAUUGAGGAAGAAAAUACAUGUUUAAAAAAUAGGAAAGAGCUCACACAAAUUUGCCAAACUUCUCACAGAAAUGCUGUUUAUGCUCUAUAGUUUUCCAGUUAGACUUAGUUGUAAACAGUGUUUGCUAGAAGCUUCUGAGAGUAUAGUCCCUUUAGCUGUUUUCCCAGUGUACUUCAAAUUGUAACAUAACCCUUAUAUGAUGUAGAAAUAAUAUCUGUGAAAGUUUAAAGACUCCUGAACAUUCAUGAUUUAAUCCAUAGCACCAUUUUUCAUGGCCACAGUUCACCCUGCAAAGAAAAGGGGGUGAAAUAACUUCCUACUUUAAUUUGAUAGCAGUUUUCACUGGCCUCAUUUUAAUGGCAACAGACAUAUUAGGAGUAUGUGGGAAAUAUCUGUAUAUUUAAAAUUUUUGCUUGUUGAUAGCAUAGUAUCAUAGCAUAGGAUGGUUCUGAGAACAUAAGUAAGGAAUUAAGUUUCUUAAUGAUAGUCCUUGGUUGAAAUAGGAUGUUACAAUGGGUCAAAAGCCCAGCAGACAGCAUUAUACACCUAGAAAUUUCUUCCUUGGUUUAUAUGUAGUCACCAAUAUUAUCUCUUUGGUGUUAUACUAGUACUUGAGGAGCUGAGGCAGGAGGAUUACUAGCUCAAGCCUGGGGUAUGUAAUAAGAGCCUGCCUCACAAAAAAAGUUUGGCUUUAGGAAGAAGGAACUUUUAUUAGAUUAUCAAGCUUUGUGAACUUUACUUGUACUUGGACAGACAGGUCUAGGUAUGAGCUUACUGCAGAGCUGUUGCUCAGCUUGGAGAAGGCUGAAUUAUUGGGACAAUUUAGUUUUCAUUACUCCUAGUACAACUUAAAAUGACCUGAUAAAGAUAAAUGUUUUAUGUUGCAAUCGCAGAAGAAUAACAAGUGUUUGGGUUCAACAGGCCCAGAAAAGCCUUUAAAAGUUAAUUGUAAAUAUGCUUAUUACUUCCUAGGAAAAAGAUUAUUUUUAAAACAAUGUAUGAAUAAAGUAUCUAACUUUUUUCUUUUCUUUGAA